UUGGAUAAAAAAUAAAUAUUAUUAAUAUGGAAGAAAAGUAAAAAUAGCAAUUACAAAUACAGCAACUUAUUUACUGGCUAUACUGGCCGCUAGUAGUAAGCAAUUCGCUGAAAGCAGAAAAAGGCGACUACUAAGAAAAGAUUAUUGCAUACCGGGCCGAAACGACUUCCAGUUCAAAAAAACAUUAUAUCGUUUAAGCUUCAGAAUUUCUAGAAACAGCUUUUCAAUUAAAAAUUUGCAAGUACCCAUCAAAUAUAAUAAAAUGCUAGGAGCAAAUGCUUCCUCUUGUUUGAAUUUCAUACGAAACUGCGAGUGGAGACUUCUGGUUGUUAUUGUCUGGAAUGAAUUUUAAAUGUGGCAUCACAUUCCUUGCUGAAAAGUGCAAUACAUUUUUGUUUUGUAAAAUCAGCUGUUUGUCGGUGAAUUGCGGUGAUCGUAGUUAUUUCUUAACCAGGUUUUCGUGAUUUCUUAUAAUUUCUUAUUGGCAUACGAGGAUAUACAAUAAUGGCAGAUAUUGAUGGAGAAGACCCAAAAGAGUAUCGCUGGGAAACCGGCUACGAAAAAACAUGGGAAGCCAUCAAGGAGGAUGAUGAUGGACUGCUGGACGGCGCUAUAGCCGAUAUUAUACAAAAAGCCAAGCGGAAGCGGCAGGCGCAAAAGACGCAGCAGAACCGUCUGGGAAUGAUGAGACAUCUAUACAUUGUACUGGAUUGCUCCGAGUCAAUGACGGUGCCUGAUUUGAAACCCACACGAAUGUUGUGCACGAUUAAGCUUUUGGAAAUCUUUGUUCAAGAAUUCUUUGACCAGAAUCCUAUCAGCCAGUUGGGUAUGAUUGCACUGAAAGGAAAACGAGCCGAAAAGUUGACUGAGCUAACUGGCACAUCGAAGUUACAUUUAAAAGCUCUGGAAAGCAUUAGUAAAAUUCCCCUCACAUGUGAGCCUUCAUUGCAGAAUGGUCUCGAUCUGGCCAUGAAAGCAUUAAAGGUUGUGCCCAGUCACGCUUCGCGCGAAAUACUCAUAAUUAUGGGUUCACUGACAACAUGCGAUCCGGUCGACAUAAAUAGUACAAUCGAUGGCCUUAAAGCCGACAACAUACGCUGCUCCGUAAUCUCGCUUUCUGCUGAGAUACACGUUUGUCGUCAUCUCACGCAACAAACUCAAGGCACUUAUGGCGCUGUUCUCGAUGAUGCACAUUACCGUGACCAAUUGCUGGCACAUGUAGAUCCACCGCCAGCGGCGCAAACGCAGGAGAACUCUUUAAUAAAAAUGGGCUUUCCACAUGCGAAGACGGACGGUGGCAAGGACCCUCCACUUUCGAUGUGUAUGUGUCACAUUGAAAAUACAGAAGAACCAAGUAAGCUCACCUCCGGUGGUUACCAUUGUCCGCAGUGUUUUAGUAAAUAUUGUGAGUUACCAGUUGAAUGUCAGACCUGUGGUUUGACAUUGGUAUCAGCGCCACAUUUGGCUCGCUCCUAUCACCAUCUUUUUCCUGUGCAACACUUUACAGAACUGGAAUUCAAUGGACAGGCUGCGAAUUGCUAUGCUUGUCAAAAGCCGUUAACAGAAGCAACGGACAAAAAUGUGUAUCGCUGUGAGAAAUGCUUGCAAGUUUACUGCAUUGAUUGUGACAUUUUUAUUCAUGAUACUCUGCACACAUGCGUCGGCUGUAAUACAGCUAAACCACAUAGAAAAUAGUAGUUGAUGUACGUAAUAAAAAAAAAUAAUAAAUAAAUAAAAUUUACUUAUUUUA